UCUCUACCCAACAGUGUUAAACUGCAGCUGCUUGCUGUUAAUUUUCACCCUGGUAUCGCCAACUUGCCAAGCAUGGGUAAAAUGCAUUCUAUACGGCUUUGUGGGGCAGGUAGUAGGCUAGGUGAUACAGGUGAGAGAAUAGUGUGUUUAUUCACCAUUGUUCUCAGAAGGUAACGUUCUGUAAUGGAAGAUUACUGUUUCAAAUAAAGCAUUGUCCCAGAAAAGCGAAAACACCCAGAGGGAAGGAGGAGGGGAAAGCAAACAAAAGGUUGGCCUGAAUAUGUUUCCAUGACUGGAAUGUCAUUUUGACAUACUUGUAAUGUUGGUUGUGGUGGCUUAUGUUGAUUCAACAUGUUCAAACAAAUAUACUUUAGGCAUAGACAGAGGAAACAUGGUACGCUCACUGUUGAAAUGUGCUCUAUAUGCAAACAGACUGUCUAUAUAAUGUAUCUAUAUGGCACAAAUAAGCCUAGCUUAUUGGUUCAAGUUUAGUUACCUGAGUAACAUUUUAAAUUCCUUCCUUUGUGUAUUUGAGUUGUGGGGAUAAAUCUGUGUGGCCUAGGUGAGACGUUAAAACAAUUAGUUCUAUAACAGGAGCUGACCCGUUUUCAAAUCCCCAUGAGCCCUCCCCAGUGUGUUUUCUACUAUGUGUAUCCAGCUCCCUGCGCUGUGUUUACUGUGCACUUUUUCUGAUUCUGGAUGCCUGUGUUUCCACCACUUGACAGUGUGGCCUUUCAACAACAAAAAAUGAAAUUUUCCAAUGAUAUCCAUUGUGCUUAAAGGAUGAAUAAGGUAAAUGGAUGGAGAUCAGAUCUUUUUUUGUUUUGCGGACACACGCUAGCCCAGAAUGGGUGGGGUUCAGGGACUCCGUUCAAGCCAGAGAGCGAUAGAUAAAGAGACCAAGAGGGAAGGAGGAGGAGUCUGAGAAAGAGAGAGCCUUGUUCAGAGGAACCUCUGCAGAGCUGUUCUUUCUCUCUCAGAGCCACAUGUGCCUUGUAAUUAGAGCAGGUGAAGAAUGAAGAGGAGGCACAGGGGAGAUAGGGGAAAGAGGCAUACGGGAACCCCAUUGAAGUAAUGAGGUGAAGAAGCACAAAGCAGGCUAAAGCAGCUGGCUACUAGCUACCUUCCAUACUCUGCUAAGUCUGAGACUGGGUCCUCCGGGUGUCCCCAUCCAAUGCUCCUGAAACGCCAUGAGCCACAGCUGGGGAGGAUUUACUACUCCAUAGACUGCCAUAUCUCCUGCAGCCUUUCCCUCUCUGUCCUGGCCCCGUCCCCCCUUCCCCAUUGGCGGUGAUGAAGAAGGUGGGGCAGUGGUCGGCGGAGGAGGUGUCCCAUUGGCUGAGCGAGGAGGGGAUGCAGGAGUACGGCGACUCCCUCCAGCAGGCGGACGGCCCCGCCCUGCUGCGGCUCACCCCGGAUGACUUCCUGACCCCGCCCCUCUCACUGGUCUCCUCAGACACCGGGCGGCAGCUCUUGGAACGUCUGGAGACCCUACGGAUCGAGCACCACAUUGAGGAGCACCAAAAAAACGGCCACGCCAAUGGCCAUGGGAGGCUGCCCAACGGCACUGCCAAGCCCCUGCGGAAAGGCUCGCUGGGGCUGAAUGGCUUCCGGAAGGAGAUGGUCCAAAUCCCCAUCCCCAUGUUGGAGGCUGAACGCUCUGGGUUCCCCCAGGAGUGGGGCAAGACAGGCGUAGCGUUCCUCUACGCAGUCUGCUGCUUUGUCACUACCACUGUGGUCAUCUCGGUGGUCCAUGAGAGGGUGCCGGCCAAGGAGCAUAACCCACCGCUGCCCGAUAAGUUCUUUGACAUUUUUGACCGGGUGGAGUGGGCCUUCUCUAUCUGCGAGAUCAAUGGCAUGCUGCUGGUGAGUCUGUGGCUGCUGCAGUGGACCCUGCUCAAGUACAGAUCAAUAAUCAUCCGUCGGUUCUUCUUCAUUGUGGGUACCCUCUACCUGUACAGAUGUGUCACCAUGUACAUAACCACUCUGCCUGUUCCAGGGAUGCACUUCCAAUGCUCUCCAAAGCUAUUUGGGAACUGGGAGGUUCAGAUGAGGAGGAUCAUAAAGCUGAUCGCCGGCGGAGGCCUGUCAAUCACCGGCUCCCACACCAUGUGUGGAGACUACCUGUACAGCGGCCAUACAGUCAUUCUAACGCUAUCAUAUCUCUUUAUCAAAGAGUAUUCCCCUAAGAGGUUUUGGUGGUACCACUGGUUCUGCUGGACUCUGAGUGCAGUAGGCAUCUUCUGCAUCCUGCUGGCCCAUGACCACUAUACUGUGGACGUGGUGGUGGCUUAUUUCAUCACAACACGUCUCUUCUGGUGGUACCACACCAUGGCCAACCAGCAGGCGCUGAAAGAGACGUCCCAGAGUAACCCAUUCUCCAGAGUCUGGUGGUUUCGACUGUUCCAGUACUUUGAGGGAAACGUCAAGGGCAUUGUCCCUCGAAAUUAUCAGCUGCCGUGUUCAUGGCGAUCGUCUCCGUGGAGCCAUGGGGUAAAGUACAGCAAAGUGGACACCCAGUGACCCAGGUCACAAGAGGGGUGGGAGCUGAGCGAGAGACCUCCUGAAGUUGUGAUCAUCUGAAGGAGAGGGUGUCGUGUUGCCAAGCCAGUGCUGUUCCCUUGACUUGUUGGGCUCAUAUUAGAAAAAUCCCAGUUCUGGCUAGCACUGUGACCAUAGUCUUACUUUAGCACUACAAAUAAUUGUAUUUUGGGAAAGGUUUUUGAAAACUUAGCACACUACUUUGAUCAUGUAUUUUUUGCUUGGGACACUGCAAUGUUUCGUUGUCUACAGCAGAUCUGGUUAAUAUUUAAAUAUUACAUUUCAAUUAUUUUUGUUUUUUUGUUUUGACCAUGGCUGUAACAAGUAGUUUAGACUCUUUUUCUCUGCAAAUAAUUUGAGAAAUUCUGGUCCGAUAAGGUCUACCAAGUGCAAAUCAUGUCACUGAAAUGUUUAUUUGAUAACCAAAAUGCCAUAUGUUGUCUGGGGGAGUUUUAGAUGCAAAACAUUUUUUUAUUUUUUAACAAAUUACUUUUUUGUCAACUACAACGUGGCAAUGGUGCAAAAAAAAAAGUUUUUUUCUAACAAUUGCAACUUUAUUUUUCAAAACAAAUAAUGUCCCCAAAAAUAUUUUUAGAUUUUUACCUUUUUCAAGAUUGAAUGGUGAAAGCAGAAGAAUCUGUGGUAUUUAGAAUUGUUCCAGUGCCUUCCUUAGCUUGAUUGGACUAUGUGUCUGUGUUCCUAUGCCUCGCGCGUGUCUGUCUGACUGCCCACAAGGUCAGCAUGAAGCGGUUCCAAAUGAUCGUUCAAGUCCUGUUCGCAUGAAUGUAAGAAUAAUAAUGCCAGCCUUAUAUGGUAAUUAGUCUUCCCAAAACCAAAAACAGUGAGACGAGUGAAAUGUCCUGUCAAUUUAUUUAUGUUUUCAUAUAUAAUAUUUUUUUCCAUAGCAGGUGAUGUUAUAGCAGUUAAUGAAGGACCGUUAAGUUGUUUGGUCAUGUCCUAAUCAUUUACUUAGCCAGUCUUGACCGUGUUCUAAUCUUGUUCCAAUCCUAUUCUAACCAUGUCCUUGCAAGAUGGUCCCAGAGGGUUUUCAGUCCUCUAACAUGUCAUUAAGACUUUUAAAGCUGAUUGACUUGCUAAUAAUCUUGUAUCAAAGGUUAGUUGCUAACUUUGAAAGAAUGAUGAAAACCAGGAAACCCUCUGGACCUCAAGGACUGUACUGGAGUUGUGCAGCACACCUACAAGUCUUUGUAAGAGAUACUGAAUCCCUAUUUCGUCAAACAGUGUUCUCGAUACAGACCCAGAAAAUACAUCUUACUGGCUGUUGUAGACUUGGCCAAUAGAGCAGUGUGUUCCUGAAUGCAGCCUCCCAGAUUGUCUUACUGAUAAAUAAGGCCGGAAGGACACCAGUAUCACAAUAUUUUUUCCAUUGCAAAAUGAAAACCCGAAGCAGGUUAACUCUUUGAUCCUUUUAAAAACCUACUGUAUGUUAAAUAUCGUUUGCUAUAGCUCCCGAGUGGCGCAGCGGUCUAAGGCACUGCAUCUCAGUGCUAGAGGCGUCACUACAGACACCCUGGUUCGAAUCCAGGCUGUAUCACAACCGGCCGUG